CCUUUCUUUCCCACUGUAGCAAAGUGAGCUUUUUUCCUGGGUGAGCUUUGCAGUAGAGGGGAAGGAGGUCCCACGCUGAAUAGUAGCCUAUGUGGGCUGGUAAACUAUAGCCUCCCUGUUGUACACAGGCCCUAUAGGACUCUCUUAGCCUAGGGGGAGGCUAUUUCACUAGAAAGGUGCUGUUCCUGUUGGGUACAGACACAUCUCUUUGUCAGCAAUGUUUGUCUGGCUCCAAGUCAUCCUUAGCUAAUAUAUGAAAGACUACACUGCCACUAGAAAGGUAGUUUAAAGAUGUUAUUACAUAAAGUAGAAAAGGGAAGAUGGUAAGUUGCAGAAAUAUCUUAUAGGUGCAAGCAAUAAAUUUAAAAUUUUGUAAAGGCGGAAGGGGAGGGAGAUAAACAUUUAUUGAUACCUACUAUAACCUAGACACAUUCACCAUUGCUUUUCAUCUUUUCUCACCAAGGAGAAUUUGUAUAAUCCAACAUAUUCUACCUUAAAAACUCAUUUGAAAUUUGUAUUCUCUUCUAUGAUAUAUUCUUAUUUUAAUAGAAAGUAGUGUGAAAUAUUAAAUUAUAUUGAUGCUUUCAAAAGAUGGACCAUGCUUAUUGAGUGACUUGAUGUCUGCCCUGGCACAACUGCAUCACAUUCCUCCAGUCCACACUCUUAUUUGAGAAGCAUGAAAACAUUUACCUCACAAUAACCUCAUGAAAGGGAUAUCAUCAUCAUUUUAUAGAUGAGAAAAUUAAGACUCAAAGAGGGAAGGAACUUAAACAGGUCUUACAGGUACUAAAUGGCAGUGUUAAGUUUCUCUCCCCAAAGUCUCUCCUCAUAUGCAUUUUGUGAUUCUGUAAAACAGAAAAACUAGUAAUACGGAGUGCUGAUCCAAAAGUUUAAGGUUUCUGGUCCUCUGCUGACUUGCAGGGGAAUCUUUUUAAAGGCCUCUUUUUGAAACAUUGUCUUUCAUUUCCUCAUAUGAAUGUUGAGAAAAGUUUCAACCUUAAUGUUGGGAAAAGGUACCUACAUAUUUUAAAAAUCAGUUGUUUGAUGUUCUUGAAGACUACUUCUAAAUAAAAGCAGUUAUUAGUAGGAUGACAUAUUUGAGAACUCUCCUCAAAUCUAUGGCUGUCUUCUGUAUAUCUGUACACACCUGACGUUUAAACACAAUGUCUUUGCCACCAUUUACUGGUUUCCUCACUGCACUGAGAACAAACUAUUCAGUAUGUUUACCACCUCCCAGCAAUUCCCUACGUGUGUAACUCAUCUAUAAUGUAUAAGAAUAGCCAAGAGCACAGAUUCUGAUGUCAGAAAAUUUUAGUUUUAAAUCCUGACUCCAAAUUACUAGUGUGACAUUGGAUAAAGUGUUUUAGUUCUCUGUGCCUCAGUUUCCGUAUUUUAAUAAUAUUUAAGGAAAGAAAAGGGUAAUAAUGCUUAUUACUCCAUAGGUUUUUAAAUAAAUCUUGUGAAUUGUCUAUGAUGAUUAGGCUGUAAUGUUGUCAUGUUAUAAUGCCUUAACAAUUUUGAGUUGUUGACCUACCUUGUAAAUGUACUUUAAAUUAAAUUAACACAAUUUAGUAAGGAUUACAUAUAUGUAUGUAUGUAUGUUCAUUAAGUGAAGUUUACUUGAAAAUACUAAGUAAUUCCGCAAUUUACAUGGCCCACCCUUUGACAAUAGAGAUUCUAAGUAACAAACUUCUUCCUACUUGAGAUAGAUUUUCAUUGGGGGAAGGUUACUGCAUAAUAUGUCGCAUUCAGCUAAUCUAUUCUGUUAAUUUGGUAGUAUAAAAAGAUUUGUAGAUAAUGAAUUUCUAUACUCUUUAAGACACUUUAUACACUUUGCACUGCUCUUGGGUUUACUGUUGCCAUGUCUUCAAGUGGGACUUUCUCUUGACAGAAGUGUGUUAAGCAUUGGAAAAUUCCCUAUCAGUAGACUAGCACCAUCUUGACAGCCUUGUGUUCUGCUUCUACCUUGCUAAUUGUUUCCUUGGGAUUAUUUGGAUUGUGUAGAAAGCUUUUUGCAAAUCCUCUUAUUACUGAAGUCAUUGUUGCCAGCAGGAAUAAGAUUAAAGGUGCUUAAGUCUGUAGAGUUGUUUCUAAUUUGUACGUGUCAUUUCAGUGGCAUUUUAACAGAACUCUGUCUCCUGUACCUCCCUUCUCCCCCGGUACUAUCUUCAGUUAGGUCCAAGAAGCCAGGCCAUUGGAAGAAGUCUCAUUUUAUCCUCCUAAUUAUUAUGCUGGCACUCAGGAGAUAAUUUUUCCCUUCAUGCACUGCCAAUUAAUAUGCAAAUGGACUGAUAAAUAUUUAUGUAACGAUUUAAAUUAUGCAGGGAGUGCUUUCAGUAUAUUCUGUAAAUGAAUUGUUCAUGGACUUCAAAGUGCUGGCUGCUGUGCUAACGAGAAGAGAUUUGCAUAAGGCCCUAAUCACGCGCAUACUGAUUAAGCUUCAUUAUGGAAACUGCCAGCUGCAAUCUUUGUUUCUAUUUUAUUACAAAAAGAGGAACUUUUUCAUGCUUCAGUUGCCUUGACAAUGUCAGUCCUAGCUGAUAGGAGAGACUAAAACUCCUCUGAGCAACUGAAGUUUCCUUAUUCAGUUGAAGAUUGCUAUGGUGUAACAGAAGUUGUAUUUUGCUUUUCCCCUUAAUCCACUUUCCACCCUACCCACUCCCCACCUUUUUCUCUUAAGAACAUAGUGUAGAUUUGUUAGAAAUAGUAGUACCUUCUUUCCCCACCCCGAAUCGCUACCUGUUUCUUCCUUGUUUGGACUCUCUGCUCCUCUAGAAGAUUUCACAGCAAUGCUGGACUGCAGUGACUAUGUUCUAGACUCAAGAAUGAACAAUCCGUCAGAAACCAGUAAACCAUCUAUGGAGAGUGGAGAUGGCAACACAGGCACACAAACCAAUGGUCUGGACUUUCAGAAGCAGCCUGUGCCUGUAGGAGGAGCAAUCUCAACAGCCCAGGCGCAGGCCUUCCUUGGACAUCUCCAUCAGGUCCAACUCGCUGGAACAAGUUUACAGGCUGCUGCUCAGUCUUUAAAUGUACAGUCUAAAUCUAAUGAAGAAUCGGGGGAUUCACAGCAGCCAAGCCAGCCUUCCCAGCAGCCUUCAGUGCAGGCAGCCAUUCCCCAAACCCAGCUUAUGCUAGCUGGAGGACAGAUAACUGGGCUUACUUUGACGCCCGCUCAGCAACAGUUACUACUCCAGCAGGCACAGGCACAGGCACAGCUGCUGGCCGCUGCAGUGCAGCAGCACUCCGCCAGCCAGCAGCAUAGCGCUGCUGGGGCCACCAUCUCCGCCUCUGCUGCCACACCCAUGACGCAGAUCCCCCUGUCUCAGCCCAUACAGAUCGCACAGGAUCUUCAACAACUGCAACAGCUUCAACAGCAGAAUCUCAACCUGCAACAGUUUGUGUUGGUGCAUCCAACCACCAAUUUGCAGCCAGCGCAGUUUAUCAUCUCACAGACGCCCCAGGGCCAGCAGGGUCUCCUGCAAGCGCAAAAUCUUUUAACGCAACUACCUCAGCAAAGCCAAGCCAACCUCCUACAGUCGCAGCCAAGCAUCACCCUCACCUCCCAGCCAGCAACCCCAACACGCACAAUAGCAGCAACCCCAAUUCAGACACUUCCACAGAGCCAGUCAACACCAAAGCGAAUUGAUACUCCCAGCUUGGAGGAGCCCAGUGACCUUGAGGAGCUUGAGCAGUUUGCCAAGACCUUCAAACAAAGACGAAUCAAACUUGGAUUCACUCAGGGUGAUGUUGGGCUUGCUAUGGGGAAACUAUAUGGAAAUGAUUUCAGCCAAACUACCAUCUCUCGCUUUGAAGCCUUGAACCUCAGCUUUAAGAACAUGUGCAAGUUGAAGCCACUUUUAGAGAAGUGGCUAAAUGAUGCAGAGAACCUCUCAUCUGAUUCGUCCCUCUCCAGCCCAAGUGCCCUGAAUUCUCCAGGAAUUGAGGGCUUGAGCCGUAGGAGGAAGAAACGCACCAGCAUAGAGACCAACAUCCGUGUGGCCUUAGAGAAGAGUUUCUUGGAGAAUCAAAAGCCUACCUCGGAAGAGAUCACUAUGAUUGCUGAUCAGCUCAACAUGGAAAAAGAGGUGAUUCGUGUUUGGUUCUGUAACCGCCGCCAGAAAGAAAAAAGAAUCAACCCACCGAGCAGUGGUGGGACCAGCAGCUCACCUAUCAAAGCAAUUUUCCCCAGCCCGACUUCACUGGUGGCGACCACACCAAGCCUUGUGACUAGCAGUGCAGCAACUACCCUCACAGUCAGCCCUGUCCUCCCUCUGACCAGUGCUGGCGUGACAAAUCUUUCAGUUACAGGCACUUCAGACACCACCUCCAACAAUACGGCAACCGUGAUUUCCACAGCACCUCCGGCUUCCUCAGCAGUCACAUCCCCCUCUCUGAGUCCCUCCCCUUCUGCCUCAGCCUCCACCUCCGAGGCAUCCAGUGCCAGUGAGACCAGCACAACACAGACCACCUCCACUCCUUUGUCCUCCCCUCUUGGGACCAGCCAGGUGAUGGUGACAGCAUCAGGUUUGCAAACAGCAGCAGCUGCUGCCCUUCAAGGAGCUGCACAGUUGCCAGCAAAUGCUAGUCUUGCUGCCAUGGCAGCUGCUGCAGGACUAAACCCAGGCCUGAUGGCACCCUCACAGUUUGCGGCUGGAGGUGCCUUACUCAGUCUGAAUCCAGGGACCCUGAGCGGUGCUCUCAGCCCAGCUCUAAUGAGCAACAGUACACUGGCAACUAUUCAAGCUCUUGCUUCUGGUGGCUCUCUUCCAAUAACAUCGCUCGAUGCAACUGGGAACCUGGUAUUUGCCAAUGCAGGAGGAGCCCCCAACAUUGUGACUGCCCCUCUGUUCCUGAACCCUCAGAACCUCUCUCUGCUCACCAGCAACCCUGUUAGCUUGGUCUCUGCUGCCGCAGCCUCUGCAGGGAACUCUGCACCUGUAGCCAGCCUUCACGCCACCUCCACCUCCGCUGAGUCCAUCCAGAACUCUCUCUUCACAGUGGCCUCUGCCAGCGGGGCUGCAUCCACCACCACCACCGCCUCCAAGGCACAGUGAGCUGGGCGGGGCUGGGCUGCCAGAAGCCUUUUUCACUCUGCAGUGUGAUUGGACUGCCAGCCAGGUUAAUAAACUGAAAAAUGUGAUUGGCUUCCUCUCACCGUGUUGUGAGGGCAAAGGAGAGAAGGGAGAAAAAUAAAACACAUACCAGAAAAAAAAAGAAAGGAUGGAGAUGGGACAUUUGCCUAAUUUUGUAAUAAAACACUGUCUUUUCAGGAUUGCUUCAUGGAUUGGAGAACUUUCUAA